ACACCGAUUACAGAUCCAGUCCUCCUUCCAAAUUCCAAAUUCCAAUCCCCAAUUCCCCAUUUGCCGCCGCCACGCAACACGGGCACACCGCACACGGUGGCCGCGGACGGCGGACCACUCUCCAUCGCCUCCUCCGCUCCUCGUCUUGUCGACUUGUCGUCUCCACCUCGGCCGCGGACGACCACUCUCCAUCGGCCCACCCACGCACCACGCCGGCCACUCCACGUCUCCAAGGCAACGGACGCGAGAGUACACAGACCGCACCUCCGACUGGAUUCGGCCGCCAGCGUCGCAGUGGAGAACCUGAACCCCAAGAGUUGCAGUCAAGAUGCCUCGCCACGAUGAUCGUUACAGCGGUAACACAAGGCUCUACGUCGGUCGUCUCUCCUCUCGUACGAGAACACGAGAUCUUGAAGACCUUUUUGGCAGAUAUGGGAGAGUGCGUUAUGUGGAUAUGAAGCAUGAGUUUGCAUUUGUUGAGUAUAGCGAUCCCCGGGAUGCUGACGAUGCGAGGUACAACCUUGAUGGUCGGGAGUUCGAUGGAAGCCGCAUGAUUGUUGAAUUUGCUAGAGGGGUUCCACGUGGCCCAGGAGGAUCUCGAGAUAUGGGCAGGGGUCCUCCUCCUGGUUCUGGCCGCUGCUUUAACUGUGGAACUGAUGGCCACUGGGCUCGUGACUGCAAAGCUGGUGACUGGAAAAACAGGUGCUAUCGAUGUGGAGAUGGGGGCCAUAUAGAAAGGGACUGUCAGAACAGUCCUAAGAAUCUCAGGCGUGGAAGAAGUUACUCAAGAUCCCCAUCCCCUCGUCGUGGUAGGAGCCGUGAUAGGAGUUACAGCAGGAGCCGCAGUCUGAGCUACAGCCGUUCACGAUCUCCAAGGAGGGAUAGCCAUGAUGAAAGGCGAUCAAUGAGCCCUCACAACAGCCGGAGCCCUAGGAGGAGCCCUCGCGACAGCCGUAGCCCUAGGAGGAGCCCUCGCGACAGCCGCAGCCCUAGGAGGAGCCCUUCACCAUCCAAGGUGAAGAACCGCAGCCCCACCCCUAAUGGCAGCAGGAGCCCUGCACCAAGGGAACGCAGUGGCUUGGAUAACAGCACGAGCCCAAGGAGAGCUGACAGCCGUAGCCCAGCAGACCACGAGCGCCGUGACAUCAGUCCAGUGGACAAUGGUCGUAGCCCGAGCCCGGAGGACUCCAAAGACAAUGGCAAUCACCACACUUCGCCCAGAGGAAGUGCAUCACCUGAAUGAGUUCUGGGGAUGGAGUUUUCCUAUGUUCAUGAAUCAUUCCAAACAUGUUUAUGAUUGAGACUGAUCUCUCCGAGUUUGAUUGGACUGGGUACUCAUUUGGUGUUGAUGCUUUGAACAGACCAUACUAUCUGUUUGUUAUACUUUAAAGUGCACAUUGAACCAUUGCUAUGUAUUCUAUAAAGUGUCGAUCUUGCGAAGAUUGA